AGAGAGAGUCGUUCAUUGGGACUACUACACACUCAUAUACAUACACAAUAAUAACAUUAUCAUCAUCAUCAUCAUCAUCAUCAUUAUCAUCCUCAUCAUCUCCAUCAUCUUGAAAUAAAAAGUUCUUAUAUAUAUUAACAAAAAAUAAGGAAAAAGUUUGUUUUUUUUUGCCCUGAAAAAAAAGUAACAACAACCAACUAUCAACAUGAUGAUGAUGAUAAACAAAUGAUGAUGCAAAUGAUUUACCGUUGCCCGGAAAUAAUGUUAUUCAAUGAUGAUAUUAUUUUUCCAGUGUUAUUACUUGGAUUAUCAGUGCCGAUAAUAUUAAUUGAUCAAUCAACCAUUGUUGUUAAAGCAUCGACACUCCCACCUGAUUGACCAUCAUCACCAUCAACACAACAACAACAACAACAACAUCAACCCAACUAGUGACCAUCAACAAUCAACAUCAAUUUUUUUUAUUAUCAUUCUCAUGUUGGGUUUUCAAUGUUUGUGUUAAAUUUAAAUUGUUGUUGUUAAAAUCCUCAAAUUGUGAUUUAAUCAACCAUAAUGAUCUGUAAUUGAUUAAUUAACACACACAAUCAACAAUCAGAAAUGAGAGGAAUUGAAUAUUAAUUAAUAUUAAAUUUAAAGUGUCCACAACAAUCAACGUAAAUGAAAAGUUUGAUUUGUUUGCUGUUUCUACAAUUUAAUCAACAACAACAAUCAACUAACUUAAACAUUGGUGAAUUGAUUGUCAGAAAAAUGAAAUUGUUUCUCUGAAACAAUUUACUAAUUAUUACAACCAAAGUUACAACUAAUGAAGUAAAUUAAAGUUCCCAUUGACAAGAAAUUAACAAAUUUGGUAAUUAACAAAAAAAACCAUUUUGUUUCAAUUUCUCAUCAAACAAAAUCAGUUCCUACAAUUAAAUCAAACAUCAUAACAAUUAAAUUUAAUCAACAUCUUAAUACACUUAAUUAUAUACAUAUAUAUAUAUAACAUUUACAUUCCUAUUCAUAUUAAUUACUAAAUAAUAUUAAUUAGUUACCUUUGGAGACGAAACAAAUUUUUUGGCUUAGUUCCUAAUCAACAAGAUUAAUUAAUUACAUCUCAUCAUACAAACACUCAGUUCCUAAUCAACAACAAUUAAAUCAACAACAACAACAACAGUUCCUAAUUAUCGGAUUGCCUUUUUAUAUGAAAAUCACUAUUAAUUUAAUCAACACCAAUUCACAACAGCUUAAGAUUUGAUUACCUACAAUUACAAUUAACAUUUGUUGUCGUUGUUUACAAUUAACUUUAAUUUCUCGUGCUAACAAAUUUGCUGCUUUUUAUUUGCUUCAUCGCUGCAAUUGAAUUUCCCGCUUCUCCAUAUUGCUUUUUACAUUUUGUAAAUAUUACCUUCUCAUCAUCCUCAUCAUCAUCAGCAUCUUCAUCAUCACUUUGAUCAUCACCAUCAUCAACAAUACAAUCAUCAAAAUCCAUCACCAUCAACAACAACUUCCCAUAGACUUUGUAUAUUGAUAAAACAAUUAACAAGACACUUUUGCUUUUCUUAAUUUUUAAUUGUUCACAAUCAAUGGUUCCUACAAUUAAUCAACUUACCAAUUUACCUGUGGUUCCUAUUAAAUUAUUAUUAUUGUUGUUUUCUUUUAAACAAUAAUAGUAAUUAACUAAUCAUCUUGAAUGAUUGGAAAAUAAUUCCUAUUGAUAAAAAAAGCAAAACAAAUUCCUGUUAAAAUCUCAACAAUUAACCAACUAAUUAAAACUAACACACUACAACUAAGGUUCCUAAUUACAACUACUACAAUUGAAUUUAUAUAUACAACACAUACAAUUGAUAUAUUUAUUUGAUAGCAAUUUAAGAAUCACAAUUAAUCUAAAUUUAGAUUUUAAUCUUAAAUUUGAUUGGCAAUUACAAUUACCAACUCCUCGAAAGAUGAUCAAUUAAAACACAAUCAACGGGAAAUUAAUCACUAAUCAACUAACAACAUUCAACUAACGAAAAGAUUUCCAAUUGAUAAUCUUUGUAUUCAAACAAUUUCAUUGAUUGUUUCCUAAAUCAUAUACAAACAAUUUUGUCAACUCUCUUCCUGAUUAAGUUAAUUUCUGAUUGAACAAAUUGUCAACAAUCAACAAGCAACUAAUCAUCAUCAUCAACUAUUGUUUACAAAAACAGAAAUCAAUCAAUAAAUUGUGUAUUUGUUCUAAUUCCAUAGAAAGAAAGUUAAACAAAACUUAAGUUCGAAGCGAGAAAAUUUUUUUCUUUUCCAAGUAAACAAAAAGUUCCUUCAAGUUCCUAUUAUGCACAGUUACAGGGUGUUCACAUUAUCGGAUAAAUAUAAGAAGAUAUUGAGAGAUAGUCAAAGUGGUGAAAAAGAUGAAGAUGCUUUUAAACUUCCACCAUUAGAAGAUAUUAAAUCAUGUAUAACCGCUGAUUCUGAUCUAUUGGGUAACAAUUUCGAUACGAUAAUAAACAGUGAAGAUGAAAUUGAUCAGCAAGAAGAUGGAGAAGAUGAAAACACUGAGGACGAAAAUGGUGAUGACAAUUUAACCGCCGGUGAAGAAGAAGACGAAGAAGAUGAUAAUGAAGGCGAUAUCGAUAAUAUUGAAGGUGGUCAACUCGAAGAGGAUGAAGAUGGUAAUUGCGAUGGUAAUGAUUUAAUAUCAACCAGUAAUCAUAAACGUAAUUCCACCAAUAACAAUAAUAAUAAUAAUAAUAACAAAAGAACUCGAUCUCGACGUUAUCCUAAACACAAGCCGAUGGCGACAAUUGGUUCACGAAAAUGUCACAAUAAUAAUAAGUUUAGGAAAAAUUUGUCACCAUCAACAACAACAACAACAAAUAAUAACAACAAGGUGACACCAACAGUGCCCGUUAAACCAAUACUCAUGUGCUUUAUAUGUAAACUAUCAUUUGUUUAUGUUAAAUCAUUUACCGCUCAUGCAUCCGCCGAGCAUAAAAUAAUACCAAAUGAUGAAGAAUCGGCUCUUCUAGCCGCUAAAAAUAGUUCUGCAAUAAUUCAAGGAGUGGGUCAAGACAAGGAGCCACUUUUAUCCUUUUUAGAACCAAGAUCGGAAGUUCCUGCGACAACAACCACCACCUCACAACCCUCAUCACCAUCACAACAACAACAACAACAACAACCACCCACCUCAAACAUUGAUGCAUCAACAUCAUCAUCGAUUUCAUCAUCAUCACCUUCAACAUCUCAACAACAACAACAACAGUCAACCUCAUCUUCAACAAUAACAACAACAACAAGUUCCUCUGUCAAUGGUGCCUCACCUUUAAAUGGACCUCAUCAUCAUCCUUUAAGCCAAUCAAUUACUACUACUAAUUUAAAUGUUCCAGAGAAACUUUUGUCAUCAUUGUCAUCAUCAUCUUCCACCGCCACAUCAAAUGAAACAAUUGGUGAUUCCAUUACAAGGUCUCAUCAGCAAUUAAGCUCAUCAACAAAAUUAACAACAACAACAACAACAAGUUCCUCAACAAUCAAUAAAAACAAUAAUAAUAAUAAUAACAAUCCAACUAUGGAUUUAUCUUCAUCAUCAUCGCCGUCACUUGAACAGCCGCCGCCGUCGCAGCCAAUUUUUAUGUCCCCUUCUAGCCUUGCAUCAAUCUCAACCAUCUCAACCUCCACAACCACCACCUCAAGUAGUCAAUCACCAAAUAUUAACUCACCGAUAUUAACUGAAUCACCAAUGUGCGAAACAUUGAAUUUAGUUUUACCAAAGAAUCAUAAUCUAAUUAACACCAAUAAUAAUCUUAAUCUUAAUCCUAAUCCUUCAAAUAGUAAAUCAAAGAUGACUAAUAAUUCAAUUGGUAAUAAUAACAAUAAUAAUAAGAGCAAGAAGAAAACUCAAAAUAAAGAUGAAGAUGGAGAUAAUAGUGAGAUUAAGAGUAAUAAUAAUAAUAAUUCAAAUUCAAAUUCAAUUUCUAAUUCAAAUAAUAAUCGUCUAGGAAUUAGUAGUGAUAUUAAUGCAAUGGAUUUAAAUGUUAAUUCAUUAACCCCUGAGCUCGCUGAACUUGCUAAUCUUGAAAAGAUUGCUAAAGCAGCGGUAGCCGCUUCACAACGAUCAAAUGAGCUAUCAUCUCCAUCGUCAUCUUCCUCAUCAUCGCCAUCAUCUUCCUCAUCUCCAUCUUUAGCUUUAUCUUUGGUAACAACACCAAUGACCAGCUUGGGUACAACAAUGUCAACAACCAUUGUUAAUCCGGUGCUUUGUUCACCGCCCUCAUCGUCAAUCUCACCGGUAUCAACUUUAGCCAUGAAACAACAAAACUCAUCACCAGCUUCCUCACCUCCAAUCGGAUUAACACCAACAGGUACCACAAUUGGCGGUGUUACAAGUGGUACUGGUGGUGGUGCUUCUGGUAUUUCAGUUCCACUUUCACCUUCAACACUUUCCUCAAUGAACUCAGCAAAUGUCGCCGCUGCAGUAGCCGCUGCUCUUGCCGCUGCAGCAGCUCAACAACAACAACAACAACAACAGAGUUCAAAUGUUGGUCAAGCUUCUGGAACUGGAACUGGAUCUUUAGUGUCAACAACACCAACAAAUUAUAAUCCAUGUUCCCAUCAUCCUGAAGGUGUUGAAUGUCCUAAAUGUGACAUUGUCCUUGGCUCAUCACGAUCUCUAGGUGGUCAUAUGACCAUGAUGCAUUCCCGUAACUCGUGUAAAACAUUAAAAUGUCCAAAGUGUAACUGGCAUUAUAAAUAUCAAGAAACACUGGCCAUCCAUAUGAAAGAGAAACACCCGGAAAACGAAAUGUCCUGCGUUUUCUGUUUAACCGGACAGAAACACCCGCGAUUGGCUCGAGGUGAAACCUACAAUUGCGGCUAUAAACCUUAUCGAUGUGAAAUUUGUAACUAUUCAACAACCACCAAGGGUAACCUUUCAAUUCACACUCAAUCCGAUAAACAUGCAAAUAAUGUCAGAGAACUGGAAAGAAAUGGCUCCCAAGCUGAAGGAUUAAUGCAACAAUCUCAACAAGCUCUUGCCGCCGUACUUCAAGCAGCCGCUUCAACCCGUUCAAUGUUAUUCGGUUUACCCGCCGGUGCCGGAGGAGGCAAUGGGUCAACCGGUGGUUCUAACACAGUUUCUGCUGGUCAAUCGGCUUCCGGUCAACCAUCAUCUUCAACCCCUGGCGGAGGUCCACCUACUCCUGGACCAGGAUCAACAGAUGAAUUAACAUCAAGUAUGCUUGAAGAUUUAAAUGAAUCUUUAUUGGCAUCAUUGUCUAAUCCAUCUGAUCCUUCAUCCGCCGCUGCAGCCGCCGCCCUAUUUUCUGGACUUGGAUUAACUGGAUUAACUGGAUUAUCCUCUGCAAGUGAAUCAAUGUUAAAACAAGCACUGAUGCUUGAACAACAGCACAUCUUACAACAGCAAUUGGCCGCCGCUGCUGUAGCCUCAAUGGGCUCACCAUCAUCAUCUUCAACCGCCAUUACAACAACAACUGCCACCGGUGUUAAUAGUAAUUCAAAUAAUCAUCAAUGUCCACAGUGUAAUUUUACAACAAACUCGGAAGUUAAAUUGUCAAUUCAUUUAAUUAAUGCUCAUUCAAUUUCAUUCAAUAGCGGUGGUAACAAUAAUAGUAAUAGUAGUAAUAGUAAAAGUUGUAAUAAUAUUAAUAGUAAAGGUGGAUUAAUGGUUGGUCCAAAUACAACCCUGAUUACAACACCAAUAUCAUCAAGCUCAGUUAAUUUAUCUUCAUCUUCAUCACCCUCAUCACCUAAACGGGCAAAAUUUUCACCCAAUCAACAAAUGUCACUUGUUAACGCUGCCGUUGCCGCUGCCGCUGCUGGUGGUGUUUCGGCUUCAAAUGCUAAUGCAAAUUCAACAACAACUUCACCCUCUUCCCUAUCAUCAUCUUCAGGUUCAACCUCAUCUUUGUCAACCCUUGUAAUCUUGUGUCCACUUUGUCAAUCACCUUCAGAUACAAGGAAAGGCCUUGAAUCUCACCUAAUGGACAUUCACAAUGUUACCAAGGAAGCGGUUGACCGUUUAAUGUUCCUAGUGACCACAACAUCUUCUGAUACAAUUUCAAGUUCAGAGAAAAUUUUAUCAUCUGUUAAAGAUGAAUUUAAUGUUCCUAUUAAUAGUAAUUCUAAUAACUUUUCAAGUCACCACAAUGGAGGUGAUGAUGAUAAUUCAUCCCUUGGGUAUCCUGAUAAUGGUGAUGGACGCUCAGAUUGUGGAUCAAUGGAUGACUCAAUUGAUGGAUCUCGUUUAAUUGAUGAUUGUGUUAAUUUAUCAUCAACAAUUCCAACAACAUCAUCAUCAUCAUCAGCUUUAAAUAAUUGCAUAGUUAAUAUGUCAACUACUUCACAUGGUAUUGGUUCCUCUUCAUCAUCUAUUUCCGUUUCUCCAAUGAAAACGAUUCGUUCAAAAUCAACCGAUUCUCAAUCAUCUUCUUCAGCGGUUUCCGAUCGUCAUGUGUACAAAUUUAGGUGCACUCAGUGUUCACUUGCAUUUAAAACCAAUGAGAAACUUCAAUUACAUAAACAGUAUCAUUAUGUACGAGCGGCGACCCAAUGUUGCCUUUGCCGUCGAUCUUUCCGUUCAGUUGAAUCGCUUCGUAAACACGUUGAGACAACACAUCCAAAUAUGUCAGAGGAAGAGCUUGAUGUUUAUCGGCAAAGUUUAGCUAAUAAUCCAAUGUUAUUAACGGUUGGCCGUAAUGGAGGUGGAAUACUUGACCCGGCGACAACUGAACUUUUAAAGAAAGAAUCAGCUCGAAAUAAUAGUAACACCUUAGCCGGUGGUUCAUCUUCAAAUGUUGAAGAUGAUGAAAGUGUUGAAAAUAAUAUGAUGAUGAUGUCAAUGAUGAUGGAUAAUAAUAGUGAUGUUCCCAUGGAGGGUGAUGAAGCUAUGGACCUUGUCGUUGGCGGUGGUGGUUUAAAUUCAUCGGCAACUUAUAGCAAUAAUAAUCUAACCGGUGGUAUGAAUGAUUGUCUUGAUGAUGAGAUGAUGAAUGAAAUUGAUUAUAAAUCACCUUCAACUGAAAGGUUAACCCUUGAAGAUCAGCUUAACUCACAAACGGCUGCUGAAGAUGGUUACAAUGAUCCAACUCGAAAGUACAAAUGUCACCGGUGUAAAGUGGCCUUUACCCGGCAAUCUUACCUAACGGCUCACAAUAAAACGCUUCUUCAUCGUAAAGGUGAAAAGUUAAGUUAUCCAAUGGAAAAAUAUCUUGACCCUAAUCGACCACAUAAAUGUGACCUUUGUAAGGAAUCGUUUACACAGAAAACAAUAUUACAAGUUCACAAUAAUUCAGUUUCCCAUAUACAUCGAGCAGCUAAAGCUAAAGAAGCCGCUGCCAUUGCCGCUCUAACCGGCGGUGAUCGUGGUACAUCCGGCAAGCCAUCGACUUCAAAAGAAGCCACUUUAAAUUGUGCCAAUGAUUUAAUUGGAUCUAAUGUUACAUCUUCCUCUCCCCCGCUCUCAUCCACAAUAUCAUCUUCUAAUGCAAAUUGUAUUGUUACCACCAUUGCGAGUCAUUUAUCAUCAUCAUCAUCAUCGACACCAACAACAACAACAACAACAACUUCCUCUUCUGCUCAACCCAAUUGUUCAACUACUGUGUUACCCGUUAUUUCCGGUUCACCAUCAAUUCAUCAUCAAUUAAUUUCAUCAUCAGAUUUAAACGAUAAGAAACCUUACCGAUGCAAUAUAUGUAAAGUGGCCUACAACAAUGGACCCGCUCUUGAUAUUCAUAUAAGAUCAGUAUUACAUCAAACCCGUGCUACCAAAAUAAAAGAGUUGACCCUUUCAGGUCAAAUUGAUCCAACGAUACCUUUAAUUGAACGGCCCGAAUUAACCUCAGGUGAUGUAAGUGUCACCUCGAUAUCUUUAUCCAAAAAUGGUGACCUUUUCUCACUCAAUAAUAAUAAUUGUGGUUCUGGUCAAGGUGGUAAAUUAACUGACCUUACAGAAUCCCAAGCAAACUCAUUACAACAAGCAAUGGCUAUUAAUUUAGCCACUGGCGGUCAACUUUUACUUACCAAUCCCGCUGCAAUGGCUGCUGCUGCUGCAGCCGCUGUAGCCGCUUCAUCAGGUGAAAAUAAUUGCAAUGUAAAUUCAACUCAAUCAGGAAAUAACAGUAAUAAUAAUGGUUCAAUCACCGCCGGUGGUGGUGGUGGUGGUGGCAGUGGGUUAUUCUCAUGUAAUCGCUGUGGUACCAUUGUGACCUCUCAUGAAUCUUACCUUCAACAUCAACAGAUUUGCUCAUUAUUUGGACCCCGAGGGUUAAAAUCAAUCACAGGUAAAGAUGGACAAACUUUCCAGCAACAAGUUGUCGCCGCUGCUUCAGCUCUUGCCCAACAAGCUGCACAAGCACAACAACAACAAGCACAAUCUGCUCAAGAACAAUUAGCCGCUGCCAUACGAGCUGCAUCAUCAUCAACAACAUCCGGUUCAUCAUCAUCUUCCAAUAUGAUUAACCAUCAGCCGACCAAAUAUUAUAAUGCACCAGUGGUUAAAUCUAAGCCGCCGGGUUAUAAGAAUCUUCUUGAAACCUGGGGAUUUGAAAUUGUCAUGCAAUUCAAUGAGAAUCACCAGCGGAGGAGAAAAAUUCCCAAAGAGGAUAAACAAGAUGAAGAUAAACCAGAUGAGAGUAAAGAUAAAAAUUGUUUGUCAGGUGAAAAAGGUAAAGAAUUAAAUUCUAUCAAUAAUAAUUCUGAUAUUUCGGGUAAUUUAAAUUCUGCAAAUUUACCGGAAAUUAAUCGAUCAAAAUGUGAUUUCUGUAAUAAAGAGUUCUCAUCAAUUUGGGUACUAAAAGCCCACCGGGAAGAAGUUCAUUCCUCCCUUGUACCUAUUUCGUAUGUUGAAAGUUUCGCCGACGAAUAUCGUAAAGAUUAUGAUCGUCGACAUCAUCACAUUUCCUCGCACCAUCAUCACGCUCAUCAGUAUUUAUCUUCUGUCGUCUCUUCAACCUCAUCAAUUGUGCCACAACAACAACAACAACAACAAUCAUCUUCAUCAUCAUCAUCGAUCAUCGGUGCUGGUGGCUCAUCAAUAUCUUCCACCGGCGGUGUAACAUCUUCGGUUCUUGUUUCAUCCUCAACACCAACCACAACCGUUACACCAAUAAAUAGUACCAAUGUUGACUCGUUUGUAAAUGAUGUCCUCAGUGCCAACGGUGCUAAAGGAUUAACCUCAUCAGCCAGUGGUGCAGAUUCAACUAGUGUCACAAUUACACCGGCUAAUUUUGUUACCAAUCAUUUAACAUCAGGUGGACAUAAUUUAACCUCUUCGGGAGGUCAUCAUUAUUCCCGUGGUUCGGGCAGUGGGUCUGGAGGUAGUGGUGGUAAUAAGAAUAGUGAUAAAUCAUCAAGUCACACGGCUACUUCAAUGUCAAUCACCGCUGCUUCAACGGCUAAUACAACAUCUUCCGGUGCCAAUGGGUCAUCAAGAUCAACUGGAUCAUCUUCUGGUGCCAAUGGUGGUAAUAAUAAUAACAAUAAUAAUAAUAAUAAUAAUAAUAAUUCCAGUGGUAAUUCUGGUCCUGGUGUCAAUGGAUCUCAAGCUGAAAUGUCAGCUCAAAUGGCCGCUCAAAUACAGUUUAGUCAAUUGUUAAUGUCAAUGGGCUUAGCUGGUAUGGGAAUGCCUAUGAAUAUACCAGGUAUGAAUGUAAACUUUGCCGCUGCGGCUGCGAUGGGUUUACCACCGCCAAUGAUACCCUUGAUGAUGGCACCUCAUUUGGAUCCAGUUUUGGCUGCAGCAUUUAAUCAUCAAGCUGCUCAGGCUUCAGGUAAUCAAGCGGCUGCUGCUGCUGCUGCUGCCGGUGGUAGUGGUGGAUCAUCAGCCUCUUCAGCUGCCGCAGGAGCUGAGGCUAAUUUCUUUGCCGCUGCUCAACAGAAACUUAUUGCUCAACAACAGCAACAAUUGUCCGCUGCAGCCGCUGCCGCAGCCGCUGCUGCACAGCAACAACAACAAGCCCAAGCAGCAGCUCAACAGCCGAAAAGAGCUCGAACCCGAAUAACUGAUGACCAAUUAAAAGUUUUACGACAACAUUUUGACAUAAACAAUUCACCCUCCGAAGAGGCUCACAAAGAGAUGUCCGAAAAAUCUGGACUUCCGGUCAAAGUGAUCAAACACUGGUUUCGAAACACUUUAUUCAAGGAGCGACAACGAAACAAAGACUCACCAUAUAACUUUAACAAUCCACCUUCGACCUUUUUCUCAAUUUAUCAUCGAAACAUUGUCUCCAAUUUAUCAUCGGCACUAAUAACACCCGCCGGUGGUCAAUCGUCAUUGAACCUUUCGUCGAGCUCAUUAACACCCAAUACAACCUCAGGAACGGCAACUUUAAACCUUUCAGUGAGUGAUGUUAAAUUAAUGUCAAUCAAUAAAUCUGAAUACGAUUUUACCUCAUCCGAUGAUGAUGGUAUCGGCGGUGGGGCAGAUGGACGUUCAACUGGACGUAAAGAUGAUAAUUUAAGAUUGGACAUUCGUCGUAAUCGUGAUUCAACCUCGACUCCUGAUACCUCGAUGACCUUUAGUUUAACUAAUCAUCCAGGUACAUCAUCAACACCAACAACAACCACAACAAUUACAUCAACAGGUUUACAUCAGCAAUCAACUAAUCAGCAAUUAAAUUCUGGCUCAUCAAUGAAAGGAGGUACUUCCGGUUCUAGAUAUGAAUCAUUUGAUUAUGCCAAAUCGUAUACAAUGUCACCACACUCUGAAUCAUCAAUGUCAUCAAUAUCAACCAAUGAUACCUGUUCCCAGCAAAGUGGUCAACCUCCUCAAACCCUUUUCGCUGGACUUUCUAGUCUCACUGGUACUUCCGGUUUACCGUCACAUUUAUCAUCUUCAUCUAAUCCAUUACAAAUGGCUUUAGAUGCAGCUUCCCACCGAGCAGCGGUUGCCGCUGGUUUAUCAAUCACCUCACCACCAACACCCUCAGGUGGAUCAACUGGUAGAGGUGGUGGUGGAGGAGGAGGUAAUGGUGGCGGUGGUUGUAGGGAUGAUUCAUCUUCCUCUGGACCUUCUUCAGGUACAACACCAGGUAAACGGGCAAAUCGAACUCGUUUCACCGAUUAUCAGAUAAAAGUUUUACAAGAAUUUUUUGAAUCCAAUGCAUAUCCUAAAGACGAUGAUCUUGAAUACCUUUCAAAGUUACUUAACCUUUCACCUCGAGUUAUUGUUGUCUGGUUUCAAAAUGCUCGGCAAAAGGCUCGUAAAGUUUACGAGAAUCAGCCAACCUCAAUGACGGAUGAUGAUUCCUCUCAAGGUAAACUGUCCAAAACGGCGGGAUUAACUUAUCAGUGUAAAAAGUGUUGCCAAGUAUUUCAACGAUAUUAUGAUCUGAUUAAACACUCAAAAUCGGCUUGUUUUAAAGAUGAGAAUCCGUUGGCUGCUCAAAUUAGUCAAAUUAAAGCAGCUCAAGAGGCUCGAGCAGCAUCAGCCACCUCACCGGGUGCAGCGAGUAUCUCAUCAGCCGCCUCAACACCAGCACCACCAUCAUCGGCUAAAGAUUUAAUCAUGUCCGAUAUAAGUUUACCACCUUCAUCAUCAAUAAUCUCAGCGUCAAUGUUAACACCAACAUCAGGACUUAAUAAUAGUAAAGAUAAUUUAUCUUCCCUAUUACCUGAACCUAAGUCAACUAAAGGUGAUGGUGGAUCAUCAUCAGCAUCCUCAUCAUCUUCAACAUCUUCAUCAAUCUCUGGUCAACAACAACAACUCCACCAACAGCAACAACAACAACAACAACAACGAUUAUCUUUAUCACCUUCGUCUCAUGUUGCAACUAAUUUAACAACUUCCUCUUCAUCUCAUCAUCAUCUUUCCUCACGAGAUUUAGCACCAUCACCAACUCCCUCAGAAGAUAAUCCAUCUCGUCCACCAUCAUCUUCACCCUCAGCGGGUGCAUCUUCAUCGUCUAAUGGUGCAUUUCGUUGUGAAAAAUGUGGACUUGUUUUCGCUCGAUAUGACCUUUGCCAGGAACAUCAAUUGGUCCAUUUGAUGCAUCCAUCGUUAUUCCCACCUUAUCCACCCACCUCACCUUUUGGUAUACUUCAAUAUGAAGGAUGCCCACCGGGUAGUAUGACAGCAGCAGCUGCUGCUGCCGCGGCCGCCGCUGCAGCAUCAGGUAACGCCGAGGCUGCAGCAGCAGUUCAACGUUUACAACAACAACAGCAGCAAUUUGUUAACUCAUUAACCGGAUUAAAUUCAUCAUCAACAUCAUCUUCAUCGGUUAACAAUGUUUCCACCAAAAGGAAACGUGAAAAUGACCUGCCCGAAGAUGAGGAUACUUCUGAUUCAACCUCAUGUGCGGGUGGAGGUGGAAGUGUUUCCGGUGCAUCGACAAGUGCAACAACAAGCCAACUUACAGAGCAACAACAACGAGAUAAACGACUUCGAACAACAAUCUUACCCGAACAACUUGACUAUUUGUAUCAAAAAUACGAAACUGAGUCAAACCCGUCAAGGAAAAUGUUGGAAAACAUUGCAAAAGAGAUUGGCCUUAAAAAGCGCGUUGUUCAAGUCUGGUUUCAAAAUACUCGAGCACGUGAAAGAAAGGGCCAGUUUCGUGCCCAUUUACAGGCGAUAAACAAGAAGUGCCCAUUUUGCCGAGCGCUGUUCAAAGCUCGAACCGCUUUGGAAGCCCAUUUAGCCACCAAACAUGCAGACCAAUACACCAAAGGUGAUAUCAAUAUUGACGAGCUACCCGAUGGCGAUCCUAAUGAGGACACAUCGGAUGGACUCUCUAAAUCGGCAUUGACCCCGGAAAUGUAUCAACAGCAACUCUUUUCCCUACAAAAGUAUAUGGAACAGGUAAACUCAGGUCAAUUUAAAGACUUUACCGGAUCAAACAGCGGAGCAGCACCGACCAGUCCAGCCGAUUUAUCAGUAAACAUUAAAGCCGCUUUAGGUUUAAGCGGUGACGUUCCCUUGGACCUUUCCAAGCCUGAUGCCUCCGAGUCAGGCGGGUAAGAUGA